AUCACUCUCUCAGGUCUCAACUCAGAAACCAAAGUCGUCCCUCUCCCAAAAAAACAGAGAGCUUUUUAUUAACCGCGCUUUCCUCAAGAACUGAACAGGGCUUAUCUUUUCAGCUGAAACCACAAAAACCUCAAAUGGCUUUCCACCACCACCACCAAACCCCUCAUCACGAAAUGGCCUUCUCCUUUCCAGACACCCAACAACCCCCGCAGCUCGCGCACACGUGGCUCAACGCGCCGCCGUUCCGCUCCCAGAACAGCUUCUCCCGCAGCGGCGGAGGCGACGACGACGUCGUCAUAUCGCCGUCCGGGAAAAGCGGCGAUCGCAGCGGCGAGGAGGAGGAGCUGGAGUGCGAGAGCGGGAGGUUCAAAGCAGACAUAGUGGGCCACCCUUUGUACGAACAGUUGGUCUCGGCACACGUGUCGUGCCUGAGGAUCGCCACGCCGGUCGACCAGCUGCCGAAGAUCGACGAGCAGCUCCUGCAGUCGCAGCGCGUGGUGGACAAGUACUUGGCGAUGAGAGCCAGCGGCGAUUUUCAAGUCAUGGAUGAGAAAGAACUGGACUUGUUCAUGACAAACUAUGUUCUUUUGCUUUGUUCCUUCAAAGAACAACUGCAGCAACAUGUUCGAGUUCAUGCCAUGGAAGCAGUCAUGGCUUGUUGGGAGCUUGAGCAGUCUCUACAAAGCUUGACAGGUGUGUCAACGGCUGAGGGCACUGGGGCUACAAUGUCCGAUGAUGAUGAACAAUUCGAUGGUGAUAUUAGCUCGUAUGAUGCAAGUCUAGAUGGACAUGACACCAUGGGCUUCGGUCCUCUCGUGCCAACUGAAAGUGAGAGGUCUCUAAUGGAGCGCGUAAGGCAAGAAUUGAAGCAUGAAUUAAAGCAGGGUUACAAGGAAAAGAUUGUUGACAUUCGGGAGGAAAUUCUGCGUAAGAGAAGAGCAGGGAAACUUCCUGGUGACACCACUUCUGUGUUGAAAGCUUGGUGGCAAACACAUUCUAAAUGGCCUUACCCAACUGAGGAAGACAAAGCGAGGCUGGUGCAGGAAACAGGGUUGCAAUUGAAGCAGAUUAAUAACUGGUUUAUCAAUCAAAGAAAACGGAACUGGCACAGCAACCUCUCCACAACUUCUGUUUUGAAGAGCAAGCGCAAGAGUAAUGCAGGUGAUGGCAACACGCAACGAUUCAAGUAACCCUGACACUUUUAACUUAUGGAAGGAUGAAGUUUAUUUCUAGUGUAUUAAAAGCUUAGACUAUGGUGCUGCUGCCUCAUUCCCUCGAUCACUUCCGAGUCUGACACCAUCUCAUCAAAAUGUUAAAGCAUGUAACAGGAAGAAACUCCAAGGAGGCCGUAUUUGGGUCUGGAUAGAGUUUUUGUAAGCUAAGAACCCUUUACAUUUCAAUGUUCGCUUUCUGUAUUUGAUAUCUAUCGAUGACAAUGGUUAUAAUAUAGAUUAUAGGUGUGUCAUAU